CAACGUCAUCUACAGACGCCGGAAAAGGCGCAACCUGAGAGUUCAUCAUCGAGCUGAGGUGGCUUUAUUAUUGGAGCGAGUACUACCUGUUCGUAUUUGUGUCCCUCGACGAAUGAGGUUGUUAUUGUUGAGUAACUGUCACGCUACAGGUUUCGUUUGAUUGAGUGGACGGCACUGCUAGCUAGUUAGCCACCACCCUUUUCUAGCUAACGUAGUUUUCGCUUUAAGGCGAUCAAACACUCCGCUCAUUCGACGCCAUGGACCCCGUUGGUCAAGACAUCAACCUGAACUCCCCCAACAAGGGCCUUGGUCCCACAGGAGGAGUAGACUCCCUAAGAGGGGGAGCCACGGGAGUAGCAGCCGUCAACACGCUACCCCCAGGGCUCACAGAGGAAGAGGCCGAGGAGCUCUACUCUGAUCUAGCCAAGGUGGAGGAGGAGAUCAACACCCUGAGACAGGUGCUCCUGGCCAAAGAGAAGCAUUCUGCUGAGCUAAAGAGGAAGCUGGGGCUGAGCCCCCUCAACGAGCUCAAACAGAACCUCACCAAGGGGUGGCAGGAUGUCCAGACCUCCAAUGUGUAUAAGAAGACUCAGGAGACCCUGUCUGUGGCUGGACAGAAGACCACUGCUGCCUUCUCCACCAUGGGCACUGUCCUCAGCAGGAAACUGGGAGACAUGAGAAACUCUCCUACCUUCAAGUCGUUCGAGGACAAAGUUGGGAACAUCAAGUUGGGCUGAUUUGUGUCCCUUCGCUGCAGCACAGUACAUGGUGGUUGGACCCAGACGUAACGGCGAAGCUGUCCAGUCCCCGACCGAAACUAACCCCGUUCUGAAGCUCCUCCUUCCGCGCUUAUCACCGGGACGACAUCAUCGCUGAGUGACCCUUGACCUGUGACAUCACCCUCCACACCAUAUGCCAUUACUCACUACUGCCUCCCUCCUCAGUUACCUAUAGCCCAGUCCUAAAUGGGCCCUUGGCUCCUAGGCCCUUGUGGAGAUCUGAUAGGACUGGAUAGGUGUAAGCAAUACGACAACAAUUCCACGUAUCCUAUGAGAAGGUGGAGCCACUAACCAUAUUGUUUAAACCGAUCUGAGUUGUGGCCAGAUUGCUUGCGCCUAUCUAGUCAACGUCGUCUCUACACAAGUGCCUCGGGAGUUAUGGGCUUAAAGGGUCGAUCUAGAAUCUCCCUCAGCCUCCUCGCUACUAACUAAAAGCAUGUGUAUAUCUCAUCUCAGUCGACCGCAAAGGACAACAAGUUACACAACAUCAAAUCACCACCGCUUGUAAAAAAAACAACAAACUGUUAAACCAUUUUGUAUUUAUAAAACUAUUUUACACUGCUUUUACAUAACUUUUAUCUAUAUGUAACAUUAUAUAUGAAUAGAUGUAUUGUAAACCAUACUGCAAGUUGGCAUUUAUCAGUAGGUAAGGAGGAUGGAGAGUCUCGAGGAAACACGAGUGCAAAAAAUGUCCAGAAGACGAGAGAAUAUGUCUAAAGUAAUAAACACUAUGAAUAAAACAACUCUCUUUUCUACCCAGCUGGGCAUUUACUUCAGUUUAUUUUCUACACUGAACAGAAUGUGAAGCAAUGCUUUGCUGUAUAGCUUCCUGGUGAAUGUAGAAACUUUUGGCCUUUAUUCUUUCACUCCUAUUACUUUGUUGGUAGAAAGGUUUCUUUCUUUUGGUGAUUUUUUUUUUUUUUUUUUUUUUUUUUUAGAAAAGGGUUUAAAGGGGGAGGGGUUUUGUGUUGGCUCACUGAAAUUAUCUAAAUACAGUCCUGGCAUUCUGACAUUAUAUGAAGAAUUGUCCCCAUGCCACAAACACACACAAGGUGGGGAAUUAGUAUGUGUGUAUAUAUAUAUAUACUAUAUUUAUAUAUAUUUAUAUAUAUAUAUAUUAUAUAUGUGAAUUAUGUGCACACUUGUCUCGUGCAUACACUCCCACAGACCCUGACUAACGUCACUGUUAUGAUCACCAACACUUCCUGUUUUAGCCAAUGUGGACAAAUCCAGCCUUUUUAACGCGGAUGAUCAACUAGCUGUCACCCUUAUCCUGCCACAACCUUCAACAGCAGCCGUUGGUUUGGUAGCACCGUCACAUUUUUGUUAUUUUCAACAUGAAGUACCUACUUUAGAUUUGUAUUAUUUUUGCCUGAUUUUUAGUCUCUGUCUAUCCAUGGGCUUGGAUGUUCAUUUUGCCUUUAUUAUCUAUAUAAUUUACUUUAAUAAAAAUCUGUGUUCAUUUUUAGUAGUCCUACUUGGGUGAUGCAUUUUAGAUUCUUCUCUUGGAUGGAGUAUAACAGUCAUUUUUGUAUUUUAAGUGCCAUCUGUGAAUCGUUUUGAUUUAUUACACCUGCCUGUUAUAUUUCUCAAGAGAAUCCUGAAGUUUAGAUUUCAUUCGGAUGCCCAUUUAGUUGUUGCGCAUGCAGCAGCUACUCUUCCUGGGGUCUACAUGAAACUAAAUAUAUGACCGAGUACAGAACCGUUGUAGACGAGAACAGAAGAUAGUAGUACCGAUACUGGUUUCCUAGACCCAGAGAAUCUCCAUUGAGAAUACUUUUAGUCCAGGACUGGUCUUUAAUCUGUUGGCAGACCGGCCCUCACAGGCUGCCCAAUUCUGAUAUUUUGGACAAUUAUUGUUAAAAGAUCUGAUCUGAUUGGUUAAAAUACUAAUUAGCGACAAAAGAUCAGAAUUGGGCUUGCCUAAGUAAACGCCGUUUUAAGUACAGUAGGUUUCUAUUGUCUCUGGUUAUGACAUGGCAAGGAGAAAGGCAUUAUCUAACUUGUGUAGAGCUGCAAAUACAUGUUUGGGUCAAAUGUAAAUUUUUGCAAAGGAUGAAAGAAUGAAUAUAUAAUUGCUUUAUUUAGGACGUGAGUCUGGUUGUAGACAUUAAAGGGAUCAGAUAAGCGAAUGUUGGCUGAAAAAAAAUAAUCGUGGUUUGUUUUAUUUUUGGAUUUCAAUAAAGCAUUCAUUUAAAUAAA